GGCGGAAAAAACUGUUGCAAUUUGAUGACGCACUUCCUCUAAGUAUCGGCUCGGGGAAAACAACAUCAGAGAAGCCCCAGCCAGAAGCAUAAAACACCAAAUAAGUUGUGUUCUCGUCAUCUUGAACCAACUACACCGUAUUUGCUGUUAAGCGUAACACCUUGAACACAAAAUGCCUCAGAACGAGCACAUUGAGUUGCACCGCAAGCGGCAUGGCUAUCGCCUGGACCACCACGAGAAGAAAAGGAAGAAGGAGAGCCGAGAAGCUCAUGAACGCUCCCACAAAGCCAGGAAGAUGAUUGGUCUGAAAGCCAAACUGUACCACAAACAAAGAUAUGCUGAGAAGAUCCAGAUGAAGAAGACCAUCAAAAUGCACGAACAGAGGAACACCAAGCAGAAGAAUGACGACAAAACACCUAAAGGUGCAGUUCCAGCUUACCUGUUGGACAGAGAGGGACAGUCUCGUGCAAAGGUUCUCUCCAACAUGAUCAAACAGAAGCGAAAAGAGAAGGCUGGUAAGUGGGAGGUGCCUCUGCCAAAGGUUCGUGCUCAAGGAGAGACAGAGGUGCUUAAAGUUAUCAAAACCGGAAAGAGACAAAAGAAGGCCUGGAAGAGGAUGGUCACAAAAGUUUGCUUUGUCGGUGACGGUUUCACACGAAAACCCCCAAAGUAUGAACGUUUCAUCAGACCUAUGGGAUUACGUUUUAAGAAGGCUCAUGUAACACAUCCAGAAUUGAAAGCAACAUUCUGCCUCCCCAUCCUCGGGGUGAAGAAGAAUCCUUCCUCCCCCCUCUACACCUCUCUGGGAGUCAUCACAAAGGGAACAGUGAUAGAGGUCAACGUCAGUGAGCUGGGCCUGGUAACACAAGGUGGAAAAGUUAUCUGGGGUAAAUACGCCCAGGUGACAAAUAACCCAGAAAAUGACGGCUGUAUAAACGCAGUUCUGUUGGUAUAAGACUCUCCACCUGGCUGCUGACUGUUCAGAUCUUCCAUUAAAUCUCAGAUACAACAAUCAGCAGACUUAUGUUCACAAGACUGGAAGACCUCAGAAGAGGUGGUUGGAGGUAUUUUUACAACAAAAAAGGACACAGCUACAGGAAAGGAAAUAAUUGUUUGAUACAAAUAAACUUGGAAUGAAAGCAAA